AUGGAUUACGCAAGAACUGAAUUCGUAGCUAAUUUCGACUCGGAGCAAGAAGGAUCAACGAUCUCGGAAUCUGGAAGCUGUGAUUCGUACGGUCGACGAGGACCGUCUUUCGCCGACGAGCACGGGCUUAUGGAAUUGCUUGAAGGCGACAAAGCUUACGAUCUAAUCUACCGCAACUGUAAAUCUGGUCUCGGCGACCAAUGCCAGCUUCUCUCCAUCCUCAGAAACGGAUUCCGCGGCGUUGGAUCUCGCGCCAAGCUCAAGGCUUUCCAGGUUUUCCAAGAGGCGGUGGAGUUGAAACACGGCGGAGAAAGCAAGGUGAAGUACGGUUGGUGCGCCGUCGCGAAAACAGAGCUUAAAUCGAUUUUGGAUUACGGGUUUAGCGAGCCGAGAAACGACGGAUCUCACGGCCGUGGCUUGUAUCUCUCGCCGGAUAACGCUCUUCUCGAAUGUUUAAAGGAUUCAGCUCCGGAAUCAGAAGAUGGGACGAGGUUCUUGCUACUCUCGAGAGUUAUACUUGGAAAAUCAGAGAUUGUUCCUCGAGGCUCGACUCAAUCGUGUCCGACUUCUCAAGAAUUCGAUUCAGGUGUAGACGAUUUAGCUUCUCCGAGCAAGUAUAUCGUGUGGAGCACACACAUGAACACACAUGUCUUGCCUGAGUUCCUCGUCUGCAUCAAAGCUCCAUUUAACUUCAAUCGUAUUCGAAGUCCAAAGAGAUUGACAUCGCCAUGGAUGGCAUUUCCUGUAUUGAUCAAAGCAUUAUCCAAGUUUCUAUCUCCUCCUCAAAUACUAAUCAUUCAAAAACACUAUAAAGAUCAGCAAAACAUGAGAAUCUCAAGGAGCGAGCUAAUACAACGAGUCAGAAGUAUAACCGGAGACAAAUUGCUUGUUCAUAUCAUCAAAGCUUUUGGGCAUAAAGCACAACAGUAA